AUGUCGCAUCGUCAUUUCAUCCGAGAGCACAUUCGCAACCACCUGAACCAACUCGUAAUUCUUGCAGAGAGGGAGUUUAACAGUGCCAGUACUAACAUUCAUACUCAUAAUACAAGCGGUGUAUUGCGUAUCGCCACCCAUAACGGGCACUUUCAUACCGAUGAGGCCCUCGCCUGCGCGCUGCUUCGCCAUACCAAAGCUUUCCGAGGCGCCCAGCUUGUUCGGACGCGGAAUAUGGAUAUCAUUAACGCCUGCGAUGUCGCCGUUGAUGUCGGAGCCGUCUACGACGAGGAAAAGUAUCGUUUUGACCAUCAUCAGGCUUCUUUUAGCGGGACCAUGCAAACCAGUAAAAAGUUAUAUUUGACUAGACUGUCGUCGGCUGGGUUGGUCUAUAAACAUUACGGGCGAGAGAUUAUUGAAAAUUUCCUAGAAGCCACCUUGAACUCGCCCGCGCGUAGCGCUUUUUUGAAGAUGGCAGGACGGAAAGAAGAAGAUUGCGCAAAGUUUGUUUCGAAAGAGGAGCUUGAACUGAUCUUUGAUGCGGUGUAUUCGAGCUUCGUGGAGGAGGUUGAUGGAAUUGAUAACGGCCUGGACCCUUACACAAUAAAAGGAGACGAAAAUAAAGUGGAAGGAGUGGAAAUUGUGAAGCGGUAUAUACAAACGACAACGUUAUCAAAUCGCGUGGGCAGGUUAAAUGCAUCCUGGAAUGAGGAAAAGGGGGGUAAUAAUCAUAUCGACAGCGAAAACGCACGAUUUGCCGAGGCGAUGGAGCUGACAAUUAGCGAAUUUUUUGAGGCGGUGUUUAACUGUGUUUUUGUUUGGCUGCCCGCCCGCGCGAUUGUCGAGGAGGGUUUUCAUGCCGCAUCGAACCUUCACACAAGUGGGCAAAUUUUUUGCAUGCGGAGGUUUUGUCCGUGGAAAAAUCAUCUUUUUGAUCUUGAAGAAGAACAUCACUGCGAGGGGCGCUUUUUAUUCAUGAUUUAUCCUGAUUUAAAGGGCUGGCGAGUGAACGCGGUGCCGAAGAAGGAUUCCGGAUUUGAAAAUCGCGUACCUUUGCAGUAUCGUGGAUUGCGCGACGAAAAGCUGAGUGAAGCGAGCGGAAUCGCUGACGGGAUAUUUGUACACGUUUCAGGGUUUACCGGAGGGAUGAAAACGUACGAGGGGGCUCUACAGCUCGCGAUUAAUUCCCUCCCAACAACCUCCUCAGAGUAA